AUGCUCUCUCAACUGCGGUUUGGCAUCCCUCUCUUCCUACUACUCGUUUGUGAUGGAGAAGCUUAUUCUGUCACACCCAACAAGCAUCAACAAAAGAUGCUUCCACCGACUCAAGGCAACUUGAACCAAAACAGAAGACAUCUCUUGACCAAUUUGGUUGGAAUGACGUCUUCCAUAUUGAUUGCAUCAUCAUCAUCAUCAUCUCCUUCCUUUGCGUUCGAUGGAUCUGGCAGCUCGGCUUAUGCUGGUCGAUCCCCUGCCACGAAGGCUGAAUUGAAACGUCAGUACAAGGAACGGAUUGUGGCCGAUGUCCGAGACUUUAACACGCUCGGAAAGGCCAUCAACAAGGGUGAAACGGAAGGGAGUGCCUGGGUCAACUUUUUCAUUCAGUUCCAACGUAGAGAACCUGAUGCAGUGGGUCGAACCUAUGGAGCGUUGGUCGAUCUGAGAGGAAUUCGCAUAAAAAAGGAAGAAUUUGAAGGUGGCGACGGAAUGCUCCUGGCCAAUACCUUUACCAAGGCUGGCAAGCCACCGGACAAUACACCUGCUGUCAAAAGUUUCAAGAAACUUUCGACUAGCUUUGAUGCUAUUGAAGAGGCUGGCAAACAGGGAGACGCCAAAAAGGCCGCGGCCGCAUGGAGUAAAACCAAGUCGUUGUUGGAGGCUUUCUUGGCCGAUGUGGAAAUGCCGAGUUCCUUGGCGGAUCCAAUCUACAAUUAG